UACCACGUGACCGUAAAUCAUUACCACCUGUAAAGGUGUGUGAAAUGUAUUACACAUAAUUGACAGUUGAAAUUGACCAUGUUUGGGUAGGAGGAACGUAAACAGAAGAAGAAAAAAACAUAAUUUUCUAUGUUCACAAGGAAGUUGAAGGAUACAAGAAAUUUGUUAAUGAAUGCAUCUUUGACCUCCACACAGGUAAAAUACCUAAGUGGACUGGGGCGUAAAGAUUAAGGUCAGUGACGUUAAUUCAUUACCUAUUUUACUUAUGUUCACCGGUAGACAAGUGAUCAAAAGAUCAUAAUGGGAACAUUCAAGAUGAAUAGGAAUUCGGGUUAUGAUAUUUAUUUAUGAGGAUUUAAGUGAAAACUGUAAACAUCAAAAUGAGUCUUUUUAACUGGAAAAAGAAUUUGGCAAUAAGUGAAAAAGAACCUACAUUUAAAGUUCGAUAUCUGGGGAAUGUACAAACCGCUAUGAUGAAAGGAGAUGGUUGUGUUGACAAGCCAGUAACAAUUAUCUGGAAUAAUUAUACGCGAAGUUCACAUCCUGGUUUGGAAAUGAAGUUGACAAUCACGAGUUCUGGACUCAGUGCCUACACCAAAGAGCAAGGGAUCACUGAAUACCGUGCUCAUCGUAUUUCAUAUUGUAUUGCUCACCCAAAAUACCCUAGAUUAUUUGUGUGGGUUUAUAGACAUGAAGGUAAGAAAAUGAAAGUAGAACUACGAUGUCAUGCAGUUUUGUGCAAAACCGAGGCAAAGGCGAAGGCACUUGCAGUUCAAUUACACGAGAAACUUAAAUUUGCCUUAAAGGAAUUUUGCAGAGAAAAAACACGGAAACAGAAUUCACGGUUAGUGUUGCAAAGAACUAAUUCAUUACCUCAGUCCGGUGAAAUUUUGCCUAAAAGGACUCAGUUUUUGAGCACAGGACAAAAAUUCAAACCACCAAUUUCAAAAUCAAACACAGCACCAAAAUUGGGAGACAUAUGGGAGGAUCCAAUUGAUGAAGAAUUAGCAGAAAUCGACGAGGAAGAUGACAUGCUCGAUGGCAUUGAAGAAGAACCACAAUCACCCACUGUUAGAGCUUUAGACUUGCCCAUGGGGGGCAAGCCAAUUGAUGUUGAUUCUCUUAGUAAUCGUGUUAUAGACCUAGAAAUUGGAAACAAUAUAGACGAAUUAAAAAUGAAUAGUGAUGUACAAUUUUGUUUAAACGGUGACUCAGACGAUGAAAGUUCGGAGUCUGGUUUUCACGAGCAAGAUCAAGAAGGGAUCAAAGACAGUGUGAACACGAUAGAUAGUACAAGUCUAGAGGGCGAAGUAUGUGAGAAUCCGUCAGGGGAAGUUCUAGAAGAACGUACAGUGAUGACAUGUUUAUAAUCUUGUACAACUAUGACAGAAAUCAGACAAAUGGAGGCUUACAAGUGCUACACAAUGCGAGACUCCUUAUACUAAAACUAGUGUAUAUAAAGACAUCAGUAUUCUGAAUCGGAAGAAGUGUACUACUAAAAUGUAUUUCAUACAGAUUUAUAUAUUGUACAUUUAUAUUUAUUGUUAUGUUAAACCUAUUCAAGACUUGUACAAACAUGUUACUCUACGAAUUAUCCAUCUGACCAAUCUUUAUUGCUGAAGUAAGUUUAAAUGUCAUUUCAAAGAAAACUAAGGAGACCAUUAACUUUCUGAUAUAUUUUGUAUCACUGCCAACAGCUAACCACCUUCGUGUAGUUCUUUUUAUUGUUCAUGAAAAAAAUCAUAUGGAAUAAUAUCUAAGUAAAAACAACUAUUAAACAUUCUGAAGAUUGUCAAAAUGUAAUUUCUGUUUGGACAUGGAAAUUUUUAAUUUCGACACAUUUUUUCCUUUUUUGACAGACAUAUCGAUAUUACGAACUCAUUUUUAUUUUAUUUUUAAAAGUGUCAUUCAAAGUUUCGAAUAAUAUUCAUACUUAUUUUCAUGCCCUAGCUUGCACUGGGUAUAUAGUUUUACGCUUGCCGUCCCUUUAUAGUUUCAUGAUAUGUCUGUUGUCCAAACUUUUUCGUCACUACUGAGUUUUGAUAUGUUCAAAUUAUCAAUCGGCUUACAUAGAAAUUGUUCAUAUCCGGUUUGUUUUUUCUGGCAGACUUUGCCCUGAUAUUUUGUAAAAGUUGCAUAAUGAUUUAUUUAUUGUAAAAUCGAAUAUAUGCAAUUAAUUGUCAUCCUCCUUUUGAACGAUGAUUUAGAUUAUCCCACUGCCCCUGACAAAUACAAAUAUUAUGAAAAAAGAGAGAUGUUGGGUAUACAUUGUAGUCAAUAGGACAGCAACCCAUCAACCGAAAAUUCAAGCAUACCAAGGUUAACAGGUGUAAACAAGUCUCUAUACAACAUGUCAAACUUUAUAUAUCGACGAGUCUAGAAAAGUUACGAAUACAUUAACACAGACUAUAGACAAUUAUAUACUGUUGAAGACCAUGUGACGUUCUUUUGUUUUCACUUUUGUGUUGUUUGGUUUGUUGUCUCAUUGAAGUUUACCGUAUUCACACCUUGCGCAUCCUGACGAGGCACAUCCUGACGAGGCACAUGACCGUUAAGUACCAAACGAACAUUGUAGAAAAUAAAAUUAAGGGACAAAUAGAGAUUUGUUAACACGUUUUGAUUACGUAAAUCAAGAAAGCAAAUAUUAUACACGCUUAGACAAAUAUAAUACUAUUAAAUCACUAUGAUCGCAUUAACCAUGAAAAUAUUUAUCAUCUGCCCAUACAUUCCCACAGUAGUAAGAGACAUAGUUGUGGACCAUUACUCAAACAAAACCAUAUGAAUUUGUUCAAUAUUUAUUCCUUAAUUUUAUUUUAUUUUGCUGCUUUCUGUCAUAAUAACCCUUUUUUUUCUGUCAGACUACUCCCCAUUUCAAAGAUUGCAAUAUUUUGUUAAUUAUUUUAUGUAAUGCUGAUAUGUUGCAGUAUUUUCACGGUAAAUUAAGACUAUGUGUUAAAAUAAUCUGUUAUGUAAAAUUAAUUACUAGCAUGUCAAAAAACAUAAAUAUGCAUUAUUCAUUAAAUUAUAAGACAAGGAAAUAAUAUUUUAGCCUGUAUGUAAUGCAUUAUACCUAAUGUCAUACAGUUAUGAUUUAUAUAGGGGUUGUGCUGUAUUUAUAUUUGUAUUUAUGUUAUUGCUCUGAGAACGUAAUCAGUGGUUAAAAUUCGACAAAAACGUCUUGAAAAUUGGAAAUCUAUAUACACAAAUGUCUUUCCUAUAUUAAAUUUGACUUUGAUAUUUAAUAAAAAGAUUUCAAAAAUUGGUUUGAAAUCCGGUGAUUUUCCCAUCAAUUGUCUCAAGUUGUUUUAUCAGUAUUCGGUAUCUUGUCCUUUUUGUGUGUUUUAUCCGAUUUAGAUGCAGUUUUUUAAUUCCAAUGCCGUGAAAAUUAAUUGAGAAUCAAAUUAAUCAAGUUUUUGUUUCGUCUAGACGGAGUCAAAAAGCGAGAAUAAUGCUUACUGUUUCAGGUGUUGGUGGCGGCGUCAACACUUUAAUUUGUUAAAGUCUGUUUAAGAGGAACCACUUAAGCUAUUAGGUUUGCAGUUGUUUAAGCAUUGGCAUAUUUCAUUUCCACGCAAAUAAUUUGGUCCUGUUCUUUCAGUCAUGGUCUGUUGACUUUGCAAUAAAAAUUAAGGAUACUUGGUAUGCAGUUGCAUUAUCAUUGGCAUAUAUUAUUUCCACGGAUAUUAUUUGGACCUGUAUCUUCAUUUACUUUGACUGUUUUGCAUAGUUUACAUGUUGAAGUAUUGCUAUUUUGAUUUCAACACUUGCAUUUUACUAUCAAAAUUACUUAAAGGCGAAAAAUAUCUCUGUGUCAACAGCAUGAUUGUUAGGAAUAAUUUUCCCUUUUUAAUGGACUAUAAUCGAAUUCACUCACCAUAUUUAUAGAAAGACAAGAACAUAUUAUUUGCAUUUGAUGAUAUCAAGGAGAAAAAACGCGUGAUAAUCAGUGCACGUGGAAUUAUAGAUUUAUGUUAUCAACAUGAAUUUUGUCUAGAAAAAAAAGAGAACAAUCUAAGCUAUUAAGACGGCCAGUCUUUUAAGUGUAAACAAUCAUUUCUAUAAUUAUACUAUUUAUACAUAUUUACUUGCCAUUGAUAUGAUUAUUUCUCUAUGUUUGCAUUUAUUAUAGAAGACAUCAUACGUAAUUAUAAUGAUUUUAAUUGGCUUUUUCAUUUUAAACUAAGCGGAGCCCUCUAUCUUUAACAUUGAUGAAGUAAGUGAAUAUAGAAAUCAAACAUACCGAAAAAUCUCACUAACAAAAAAAUAGAUACUGCUUACAGAACAUGUUUUGUUCUGCAUUCCCCAUGAUAAUUCCUAUUAGGUUUUGGCAAACUUAACUCUAAAUAAGACUGACGUAUAACAUUUUCAUUAGCAUUAGCAUGCUUCAAUAAAAAAUACAGAAAAUGUUGUGCAAAUAUCUAAAUUUGAUAACGUUGAAAUAUUAAAACAUACUACCAGUAGAAUUAAAAGUAUUAUUUCUUCAUAGAAUAUUUGGAUGCCGCGAAAUAAAAAAGUUCCAUUUUGUUAGUAUAUGGAGUGAUAUUAAUUCAUUAUUUUACUGUAUAUUAAAACAUUUGUUAUUUUUCGUACCAGUAACCUUAUUGUAUUCUUAUAUAAUGAAAUAUAUUAUUAUAAUGAUAAUCAUGUAUUGAUGUUAUUUUAGAUAAAAAAAAGACUUCCUCA